AUGACAAUGUUUGAUAAUGUCGCUCCAGAUACGCGCCCACAGCGGCCAAGCAGGAAUAAUUUCUACUCGAAUUUCGACGCGACUUUCAAUACGGUUGACCUCCCAGGCUUGAUUACAGGCAACGAGGAACUUCCUACAGCUGAAGACGCAGAUCAUUUGGAUCAAACCAACGUCGACCCAUUUGACGACGCAUUUGAAGUAGACGACUUGCUUCUGGAUUCCGACGAAGAUCAUUACUUUCCACACCGCCUCUCAGUUAUAUCCGAACGCACUGAGCCAUUGUCAUUGUCAUCGUCACAGCGAGGCGCCUUCAGAAGCUCUCACAGGAACUCUCACAGAGACUCUUUCGAAGCCACACUCCUAGUAUCAACACAUCCGUAUUCUCGAGAUAUGUCACAACGUUCCCUUCGCGGUCCUCUCCCCAUGGGCUCUAACCAGUUGGCCUUACGAAGCCGCUCCUCUCUUCGCUCCCUCCCCGUCGAAGAGGAAUCAGACUCCGACAGCGAUGCGAAUUCCAACUACGAUUCUCCGGUACUUCGAACCGAAUCAUAUAGCGAUUCCAAUACAUAUGCGGAACCUCAAACCCCUCCCAGUCAUUCACGUAGCUCCUCAACCAGCACAAUCAAAGCGUAUCCCAUACCUCAAUGGACUAUUCCUCAACCAAAUCCGCAGCCUCUGCCAUCGCGUCCAAUGUAUCACUCAAGCACACCCUCAUGGGUCACUGUCGCAUCCGAAACGAAACCAGAACCUGAAGACUCUGAAGAUGACUGGGUGUCAGAGCGCAGCAUCACUCCCACAGUUGAAAGUAGCGUUACGCCCAACCCUUCGCCAUCGAAGCGUAGCACCGCCUCUGCACCCUCUCCAUUCACGCAGAGAAUCGUCUCCCAAGGACUAGCCGGUCCCAUCCAAAUGCGUUCUCAAACACCCAUCACCGCCCUCGAGGGUUCGCUGCAGCAGAAAGCCUGCCAGAUCGCCUGCCUCGUUGGCGCUCCCGAACCGGAGCGGUUCAACAAACUCCGACCAACCUCCUUCCACCAACGCGUGUGCCGGGCUCUCGAAGCCAAAGAAGCACGCAUCAUCACCCCGGACCAGCCGAACUACGCCACAAGGGCGAUGCUGAAGGAGAGCAGCCCGCUUGACGCCCUCAGUCUGCGCUUCCAGCAGAUGAGCUCCACCAUGAGCAACAUCGGCGUGCUAGAGAGUGCGCUGGAAGACAGCUGGGGCGUCAGCUCCACCGACACCACCCGCCCGGUCUUGUACACACAGGCCGCAUACCAGACCGCCGACGUCACGGCAGCCAGGCGCCCACCACAGGUUCCUGCCUUUCUUCAAUGUGCCGGCGUAGAGCACCAGCUCUACCCGGUGUACCCCAAGGCCUUCUUCGGCAUGCACGCGCCUGCAAAGGCUGUUGCCAAGAAACCUUCGGGGUGGAACCUGCUGGUGGCGUGUCUGGACCCGCGGCGUGCGGUGAAGGGUAAGGAGGUGUCGGUGGAGGCGGAGGAGGUGCCCCUCGCUCCACAGUCGGAAACGUUGGCGAUGUGUGAUGUUUGCAGUCGCGCGAUCGAGCGCACUAGGUGGGUGUGCCGCGUUUCUGGCUGUGGAGUCGAGGUAAGACUGUAUAUGGCUAUUCAUAAGCGUGGUGUUGCUCAUUCCAGGCUUAACAAAUGUAUAAUCCAGUCGAAGAUCUAUAUCGAAUUAACGGUAGAGAGUCCAGUAUCAGCAGACUAA